ACACACCCACUCGAACAACCACAAAUUUGAAGCUUCUGUUGGUGGUGUUGCUGCAGCAGUCAAGGCCACAUUGUACCGCCAACAGAAGAAUGCAGUUGCCGACAAAACAAAGAAACUACUGGAAGGACUACCCGCUGACAAACUUGGCCAGGAAGUGGGCUUUGAAUGCCAAGCUGUGGCUUAAUUUUUUUUUCCAAAAACCUUUUUUAAUUAGAAAGUUUGAAGGCGGGAGCGACAGGUUGACAUUUCCGGUCAUCUCAGAUCUUUUCUUUCUCAGUGAAAUUUGAAGGACAAUUGUUUUGAAAUUAGAUUUUUAAUUAAAGAACAAGAUUAAUAGCAAUUUUUUAAAUGCCAGCUUACAAUUAAAAAUAAACUAAAAUGCCAACUAAAAAUAAAUAAAAAGAACAAACCAUAAAGGAUAUUUUUUAAAGUGCCAUACAAGAAAGGAGCAAGGAAACCAAGGAAACAAAACAAUACAAAACUGAACUCAACUCAACAAUUCAAAUUCAAAUAAAUCAAAGUUUAAAAACCGAAAAUCAAAAGAGCCGUCGAACAUGUUGACCUGCGUCUGUCGACCCGUCUCCGGCAAUCUGCCCAAGAUGCCGCCCGCCUCCCUGAUGCCCGCCCCAAGGUCAUCAUCAUCGGCGAUGGCAUCGUCGUCGCCAUCGACAGCCUACUUGGCCUCUGUCAGCCCGACGCGGGUCGGUGUGGUGGUGACCUGCGAGCCCAAGCUGAAUGUGCCCAGCAGGCUGACGUCAGCCGAACUGAGGGCGAUGGCAUUGCGACAGCAGCAGCAAAUCGACAGCCAGCACCAACUGCUGGCCACCAAGGAGCAGCGCCUGCGCUUCCUCAAGUCCCAGGAGGUGCGCAGCGCCGUGGCCAGUGCCGAGGGCGAGCGUCUCCGGCGGCUGAGGGAGCGGGUGGAGGCCCAGGAGUCCAAGCUUCGUCGCCUGAGAGCGUUGCGGGGUCAAGUGGACCUACAGAAGACCUACAAUGUCACACUGAGCAAUGAUUUGGACUCGAUCCGUGCCUUGUUCAGCGAAAAGGAGAAGGAGCUCAGUCUGGCCGUGGCCAAAGUGGAGGCCCUGACCCGCCAGCUGGAGGAGCUGCGACGUGACCGCCGGUGUCCCGUGAAUCUGCUGGCAGCCACGGCCGCCAAUGGCGUUGGCCAGACCCUGCCCCCGCAGGCCUCCCGCGAGCUGGAGAAGCUCCGACGCGAACUGAUGUACCGCAAUCAGUUGUCGCUGCAGCAGGACGCAAGGUUGCACAUGCAACGCGAGGCACUGCAGCAGAGGCAGGCGGAGCUGAGAUCCGUGGACCAGCGUAUUUACGAGCUACAGACACGCCUGCAGCGCAAAAAACAGGCCAACACCCAUCACCAGCAACAGCAGCAGCAACAACAGCAGCAGCAGCAGCAACAACAGGCCUCCGUGCAACAGCAGCAGCAACAUCAGUUGCAUGUUCAGUCCGCGCAGUUGCUUGCGGCUGCAGCGGCCCAGCAGCAACAACAGCAGCAGCAGCAGCACCAACUCCAACAGCAGCAGCAACUGCAACAACAGCAAUCCCUGGGCUAUCAACAGCCUGCCAACAAUCUGACCAAACACGGCGGCGUGGCAGCCCUCAAGCAGCAACUGCUCCAGAAGCAGGUCAACCAACUGGCCGCCGCUGCAGCCGCAGCUGCCGCAGGACGAGCUCGCGGCAAUGUGGCAGCGGUGGAGCCAUUUAUCCACACGCCCCAGAAGUCGACCAUCACCAGCACGGCCAGCUACCUGAGCGGGGGCAUGAAGCAUGCGGCAGCCACGGCAAACACCAACCAGCAGAACCAGCUCAUCCAGGACCUGACGCACGUGGGCAAGCUGGGCCAGAGCAGUGGCUUCUUUGCGGGAUCGGUGCCGGUGUCAGUGCCGGUGCCAGCCACCAGUUCCAGCAGCGAGAGCGAUGAGUCCAAGCUGGCCAAGAAGCUAAUGGCGGGUCCCGGCAAUGCCAAGACCGAAGCUGAGCUCCGGAAGCAGGCUCAAACGGAAGCUAUGGACAGUACCACCCAUAUCUAUGCAGAGGUGGGUCCCAAGAAGAGGGACAGGGAGGCGGCAGCUGCAGCAGCAGCAGCGGCGGCGGCGGCGGCAGCUCAGGCAGCAGCAGCAGCGGCAGCAGAGGCGGCGGCAGCGGCGACCAACCAAGCCAAGGCAUCUGCCCAAGGAGCCACCUCUCCGCCGGCAGCUGUGAGCAAGAUUCCCAAGAGCAUUUCCGCCUCCGCCUUGAUCAGCAAGCUCAACCAGCAGGCCACGGCAAAGGACAACCAGGAUCAGCCCCAGCAAUCCCAAUCCCAAAUCAAGAAGAACGAGAUAUCGGUGACCAGCGAGACCCUAUCCGAGCGGAACACCCAGCAGCAGUUGACCGUGCACAGCAUGCCCCUGGGGGCAGUGAGCAAGUCCGUGGCCAUGGCGGUGUCGAAUGCCUCGAAGCCGCUGCAGGUGCAGGUGAGCAACCUGGCAGUGCCGCCGCGGAAGCCCAUCAGCAGCGUGGCGCCCACCUCGGUGACCAACAGCAAUAGCCACAGUAGUGGCAGCUCCAUACCCAAGAUGAUCACCUACAGCCCGAAGGUGAAUCGCGUGGCGCCCAAUGUGGUGUUGACGGAUCCUCGUCCGGCGCUGCCACCAAAGCCCAGCAAGAUGUCGCCCACGGAGCAGGCCUCGCCAGUGGAAGCCACAACAGGAGCAGCCACCACAGCAGCACCGGCAACCUCCACGACAGCAGCAGCCACUUCAUCGCUGGCCGGAAAGACCCAGGCGGCAACCUUUGGCCUGCAGUCCCUGAACAUCAACGACAACUUGCCCAUCAAGGCCAAGCCCCUGACCAUUCGCAAGCAGCCCCUGUUCGAGCAGCCUCGCCUGAAGUCCACCCAAUCCAUGGCCAAUGGCCAGCAGCCAAAGCAGCAGCCCCUGCUCCAACGCAAGUCGGAGCCCUUGAUGCGGCAGCCCGUUGAGGCCUUGAAAUCCUCGCCAGAAACCUCGCCCCAGCACUCGCCGAGCAGUGACUCCAGCGUGGAUGAGCCAGACCGCAUGAUGCCAGUAUCUGGUGGACAGGAGGCAGUUACAUCACCGACAGGAACUGUUUCCACCACCACCACACCGCCCACCACAACGAGCAACAUCAAAGAGCGAUCCUCGUCCGGAGGCAAGCCCAAGCUGGCCCGCCGCGUCAGCUUCGAUCCGCUGGCCCUGCUCCUGGACGCCAGUCUGGAGGGAGAGCUGGAGCUGGUCAAGAAGACGGCCAUGCAGGUGGCCAAUCCCAGUGCGGCCAACGACGAGGGAAUCACAGCCCUUCAUAACGCCAUCUGCGCUGGGCACUUUGACAUUGUCAAAUUCCUGGUGGAGUUUGGCUGCGAUGUGAAUGCCCAGGACUCGGAUGGCUGGACACCGUUGCACUGCGCCGCCAGUUGCAACAACCUGUCCAUGGUGAAGUUCCUGGUGGAGAGCGGUGCCUGUUUGUUUGCCUCCACGUUGUCCGACCACGAAACUCCGGCGGAGAAGUGCGAAGAAGAUGAGGAGGGUUUCGAUGGCUGCUCCGAGUACUUGUACAGCAUCCAGGAGAAGCUGGGCAUCCUGCACAAUGGCGAUGUGUACGCCGUGUUCUCAUACGAGGCCCAAAACGGAGACGAGCUCUCCUUCCACGUCAAUGAGCCACUGAUCGUACUGCGCAAGGGCGACGAUGCCGAGAACGAGUGGUGGUGGGCGAGAAACGUCGGCGGAGAGGAGGGCUACGUGCCACGGAACCUCCUGGGGCUGUACCCACGUGUGCCGCCGCAGUCGCCGCACUUCAGCGAUUAGCAGUUAAUACGCUUCACGAUACUGAAGCGCAAGGCCGGUCGACUCAUCCAGAAGCGUUACAUAUCCAAGUACAUCUAGGACUCUACCACUGGCAACUGGAAGCACGGGUAGCGGUAGCCAUUCUGGGCACGUGCCACCGCAGAGUCAACGGGGGAAUUAUUUAUCACAGCUCCUUGUUUCUUUCUGUUUACUUUUUGUUUUGUUGAAAAGCAACAGCACAAUGGAUAAGGAAUCCUCAUUGAGGAUAACGAUGAGAAUGAGAAUAAGAAUGAGGAUGAGGACCCGGGGCGGAAUAGCUGGAGCCCAUAUGUUCAGCCAUAUGGAAUGGAACCGGAACCGACUGCACUAAAACAGCUUCCGCCUCAGCCAUUUAUCUCGACGACUGGCCUCAAUUAGCCGGGCUUAGCCCUCUAUAUUAUGGGCCACCCGUACCACCCACAAAGAAGCACCACCCCCUCCUGCAUACGUACAAGAACCACAAAUUGAAUUUCUUUUAAGCUCGUUAGCUUUAAGGCCUUAGACUAAUAACUCCCACCAGCCGCCAGCUCGCCACUAAAACUUCACCUUCCAACUAACUGGACGAAAAAUUAGAAAUUCCUUAGCCCACACGCCCGCAAUGUUUCAUCUAGAAUCUAGAGUCUCAGAGCCAUGCAUCUGAAGGAGUUUGUUAAUUGCAUAUAUCAAGUUAGUACUUAAAAGUUUAAUUGAACUCGAACUUUGAGAACUUCGAGUUCCAGUUCACCCUCACAAAUAACAAAAGCACCAGAAACGAGAAACAUAACGAAUCGAAUGUGAUUUUUGUAUAAAGACGAGAAUUAAAUUUAAUUUGUAUGGAAUAAUCAAAUAUCGAAUAUCGAGUAUGACAUGUUGAUGUAAAUUACAAAUGAUUCGUUAAUAGGAUAUACAUACAUGAAUUAAUUUAAACUAAUUUAACUACACCUAAUGUAUCGAUUGCUUAAUUCCUAGCUCUAAACAUUAAACACACACUUAAAUGCAAAAAUACGUUUCAAUAAUGAAAAUAAAACAAAUUAUAAAAGCUUG